CUGAACAUUAGUAGUGCAUUCAGUAGUGCAGAGUUCUAAGGAGUAGAUCUCUUCUAGAGUGUGUGCAUGCAUGUGUUUCUCUCAGCCCAUCCCAGGCUUUCCUCUUGCAUAAGCUUCAUCUUCUCCUCCCUGUGCUGGGACCACCUGCUUGUUUGGAGAACCGCUGAUUUACAAUGCAGAUGAACGGCUCCUCACUUGUCUGUGCUAGUUGUCCCUAAGUUUCCCUGGCAUAUCAGAGGUUGUUUGGUGCCUGAUGCCAAGGGCAGCAGUGGCAGAGAACACUAUGUGAGAGGCAGAGAUCAAGAAGAGGGGGGCCAAGAAAGAGUGAGCCCUGCAGCUGCCCUGUUGGCUGAGGGGCAGAUCUGUGGGACAGAAUGUCGAUGCUCACACCCAUCCUGACACCCCCCGAGGUGAAGGAGUAUCUCUCCAAGGGCGAGCGCUUCAUCAAGUGGGACGACGACACAACGAAUGCCUUGCCUGUGAUUCUCCGGGUAGAUCCAAAGGGCUUUUACUUAUAUUGGACAUAUCAGAAUAAGGAAAUGGAAUUUUUGGAUAUAACCAGCAUCCGGGACACCCGAGUAGGAAAAUUUGCCAAAAUUCCCAAGAGCCAGAAGCUCCGAGAGGUUUUUAACUUGGAUUUCCCAGACAACAACUUCCUGCUCAAGACUCUGACUGUUGUGACCGGCCCCGAUAUGGUGGAUCUCACUUUCCACAACUUUGUCUCCUACAAAGAGAGCGUUGGAAAGAGCUGGGCUGAGGAUAUCAUGGCCAUCGUUAGAAACCCACUGACAUCCAAUGCGUCUCGCUACACCUUCCUGGAGAAAAUCCUGUUGAAGCUGAAGAUGCAACUCAGUGCUGAAGGAAAAAUUCCUGUCAGGAAUAUUUUUCAGAUGUUUCCUGCAGACAGGAAGAGGGUAGAAGCUGCAUUACAUGCUUGUCACCUUCCAAAGGGCAAGAAUGAUGCGAUCAAUCCAGAGGACUUCCCUGAGAAAGUGUAUAAAACCUUCCUGAUGAACCUGUGUCCCCGUCCGGAGAUCGAUGAGAUAUUCACCUCUCACCAUUUGAAAGCCAAGCCCUACAUGACCAAAGAGCACUUGGCAAAGUUUAUCAACAAGAAACAGCGAGAUUCCCGCCUCAAUGACAUGCUUUUCCCUCCUGCCAAACCAGAGCAGGUGCAGGGCCUGAUAGAGAAGUACGAACCCAGUGGGAUUAACAUCCAGAGAGGGCAGUUGUCUCCAGAGGGGAUGGUCUGGUUCCUCUGUGGCCCUGAAAACAAUAUUCUAUCACUGGACAAAGUGGUGCUGUACCAGGACAUGACCCAGCCACUCUCACAUUACUUCAUCAACUCAUCACACAACACCUACUUGACAGCUGGCCAGUUUUCUGGCAUCUCAUCUCCUGAAAUGUAUCGUCAGACCCUGCUAUCUGGCUGCCGUUGUGUGGAGCUGGACUGCUGGAAGGGUCAUCCCCCAGAUGAGGAGCCCAUCAUCACCCAUGGAUUCACCAUGACAACUGAGAUUCUCUUCAAAGAUGUCAUUGAGGCCAUUGCAGAAAGUGCUUUCAAAACCUCUCUCUACCCGGUUAUCCUGUCCUUUGAGAACCAUGUUGACUCGCCCAAACAGCAGGCUAAGAUGGCUGAGUACUGCAGGACCAUAUUUGGGGACAUGCUUCUGACAGAUCCUCUAGAAAAAUAUCCACUGAAGCCGGGUGUUCCCUUGCCAAGCCCUCAGGAUCUCUUAGGGAAAAUCCUGAUUAAGAACAAAAAGAAACAAUCUGCAUCUGAAGAGAGGCAGGACUCUCUGAAGAAAGAGAGGAAUGAAGCUACUGACCAGCAUGUCUCUGUGGAUGUCUGGGCAGGAGAUGUGACUGAAGAGGACCCAGAGGAAGAGGAGGAGGAAUCUGGAAACUUGGAUGAAGAACAGAUUAAAAAGAUGCAGUCAGAUGAGGGCACUGCUGGCUUGGAAGUGACAGCUUACGAGGAAAUGUCUAGCCUGGUUAAUUACAUCCAGCCCAUCAAAUUUGACUCCUUUGAUAUCUCAGCAGAGCAGACCCGAAGUUAUGUCAUCUCCUCCUUCACCGAAAUGAAGGCUUUUGAUCUACUGACCAAAUCCCCGGUGCAGUUUGUAGAAUAUAACAAGCGACAGAUGAGCCGGAUUUACCCCAAGGGCACCAGGAUGGACUCAUCCAACUACUUGCCUCAGAUGUUCUGGAACGUCGGCUGUCAAAUGGUGGCCUUAAACUUCCAGACAAUGGAUGUCCCCAUGCAACAGAAUAUGGCCCUCUUUGAGUUUAACGGCCAGAGCGGCUACCUUCUGAAACACGAAUUCAUGCGGCGUCCAGACAAGCAGUUCGACCCUUUCUCUGUGGACCGCAUUGAUGUUGUGGUAGCAAGCUCCCUCUCAAUAACGAUCCUUUCUGGCCAGUUCCUCUCGGAGCGUAGCGUGAAGACGUAUGUAGAAGUGGAACUGUUUGGUUUGCCAGGGGACCCAAAACGUAAAUACAGAACCAAACUGACAUCAAGUGCCAAUUCCCUCAACCCUGUAUGGAAGGAGGAGGCUUUUGUUUUUGAAAAGAUUAUGAUGCCAGAGUUGGCUUCUCUCAGAAUUGUGGCUUUGGAGGAAGGAGGAAAGUUCAUUGGUCAACGCAUCAUUCCCAUUAUUGCUGUGCAUUCAGGUUAUCACCACGUUUGCCUUCGCAGUGAGAGUAACAUGCCACUCACUAUGCCCUCCCUCUUCGUGUACCUGGAGAUGAAGGAUUAUGUCCCUGACACUUGGGCAGAUCUGACUGUUGCUCUCUCCAACCCCAUUAAGUUCUUUAAUAAUCAGGACAAGAGAUCAGUGAAGCUGAAACAAGGCUCUGAAGAGAGGCCUGACAUGCAGAAGAAGCUUACAGCAGCUCAAACCAACGGGAUACCAAAUUCCACCAGGACCUUUAGUUUCCAUUCUUCAAAUGGACCUGCAGGAACUAUGGCCCUGGGGAAGGAAGAAACUAUAAAAGAAGUUGCAAAAGAAGUUGCAGAGCUCCAAACAGCCAGCCUUGAGGAACUGCAGAAGAUGAAGUUUUUUAUGAAGCUGCUGAAGAAACAGGAGAAGGAGCUGAAGGAGCUGGAGCGAAAGGGAAGCAGGCGCAGGGAAGAGCUGCUGCAGAGAUAUUCAGCCCUGUUCUCAGAGUUGGCCACCCAGUGUGGCAGGAAGAAGAUCGCAUGCCCUCAGAAAACCCAGAAAAAGAAAAGGAGUUUGACUGUAGAGGAGGUCAUUGCAGGAGGGAAUCCAGCAGAUAUGGCAGAGAAUGCUGAUAGCCAAGUCUUGGAGCUGAAGGAGAAGCUGGAAAUGCACCUAAUGCAACUGUGGGAAGAGCAGUAUGAUAGGAUUCGGAAAAAGAAAGAGCAGCAUGCCACAGAGCAAAUUGCCAGACUAAUAGAAGUAGCAAGGGAGAAGCAGGCAGCUGAGCUGAAGGCACUGAAGGAAUCAUCAGAAAGUGAUGCUAAAGAGAUAAAGAAGAAGCUGGAGGCAAAGAGACUGGACCGAAUCCAAGCCAUGACCAAGAAUACCAUUGACAAGAUUGCUCAGGAGAGAUUAAAGAGAGAAAUUAAUAAUUCACAUAUUCAGGAAGUGGUGCAGAUGAUCAAACUGCUGACAGAAAAGAUGGCCAAGUACCAAGAGAAACUGGAAGAGAAGCAGGCAGAUUGUUUAGAAAAGGUCAAGGAGAAAGAAAGCCAGCUCCAGAAGGAGGCCUUGGCAGAGUAUGAGGAGAAAGUGAAAACCCUUAGCAUGGAGGUACAAGAUUUGGCAAGGAACUGUGUGAAAGUCUGCUUCCCUCUGGAGGCUAAUAUCAAGAAGGAAGAAGCCCUGAAUGCCAGCAGUGAAGGAACAAGGGUCUAAGGACCAACCAGAAGGAAAGAUACCUGGAGCUGCGAUAUCAUGACUUGAGACAUCCAUGUCUGAGACCUCCAUAGCUCAGACUCAAAAAGUUGAGUUGUCUGAACAAAAUCGGGAAAGCAGAUUAUGAGAGAUGCUUCUCCUAAUCCUUAUUCUGCUUCUGGAAGCUCAUUUCAAACAUUAACAGGGUCUACAGUAAAGUUAUGCACAUGAAAUAAACUUAAUCUACUCAGAAGACCAUCCUUCCCAGCCAGGGAGUUGUAUGGGUUUCUGAAGUUCACCAGAAAAUUACUACUUUCUUCUCUGUCCUUCAAAAUGUGGAAGAGAAGAGAUUUUAGGGGAUCACCCGUAGAUGAGAGGUUUGGUCUGUAGGAAACACUUUGUCUUCCACUCCGGCUUAGCAGCAGGUAUUUCAGGAGCAUGAGUGGCUUCAUGACUGGCAAUUCUGACACAAUUAGCUUGUCUUCAUUAUCUCAGACUUCAUCCAAUUUAUUCUGUUUAUAGGAGGCCCUUCCACAGAUUAGAAGAGAGAUGGAAUGUCACUUUAAGGAACCUCAUGCCAUCAGUGCACCAUUUUCCCUCUCUCAGACAGAAUAGUGCUGGCUCCAUGGAUUUCUCCUAUUGGCAGAGGAAAGAAGAAUCUCAAAGAGCAUUAUGCUGGUGUUCACACACCAUUUUAGAUAAAUUGCAGUGGAAAAAAAAACCCUAGGAAAUGGAAGGAGAGUACUCUAUGAUCAGUUUUCUAGAUUAUUUUUUUUAAAUGUCUUCUUUUUCCUAGUGACUAUUUUUCAUUUCUGCUAUAUUUUUUGGAAGCUAGUGGUUUUACCCCAGACAGAUUUUGUGGGACCAAUUUAGACUUGGGUUGACCCCUUAUAGAAUGUAUAGACAGAAAAUCUGUAAGGGCUCGCUAAUACUCACCUGUAGAAAUUAUGCAGAGAAAUGAGCCAUCUCCCAUUUAUUACUACAAAGUAACCUAGAGUACUCCUGUCCAAUUCUCUGUGGACAUUCCAUAAAGUUUUCUACAGAACUCCAUCAAGAUUCUCCAAUGAAGCUACGAUAACUCCACAUUUGGGGCCCUUUUGGAAGCAUACAGUCACAAUUUUGAAAACUUAUUAAUUUUAUUUAAACAUAGUUUCCUUAAAUGUUCCUUAUAUGGUAAGGACACCUGUUCGAUUGGCUUGCCUACCAAAAAGUACAGCAAUUUGUUUCAAAACCUGCCUCAAAAUGCUUUGUGCAAGCUAAAACCUCCUAUUCACUAUGCUUCUGUACCAGUUUAUUACAACAAAAGAUCAGUAAAUUCUCCAGCAGGCGGUGCAGUCUGAAGAAGUACAGUGUGGGAGGAAUCAGGGAAGAGACACUCCUUCAGUACAUAUGCUACACGGGAGGUUUGUGGCCUUUAUCUCAGCUUGCCAGGGGCUUAAGGAGGUUUGUAUGCUGUUUGUCCUUUGGCACACAUGCUGCCAUGCAGUGUGUGUAACAGUGCAGUACGUAGCCUCUUCCCUACAGUAUCUUCAGAUUUCUGACUUCCUCGCUACUUAUUUCUAGCUGUAAUUGCAGACUGAAGGGCAUAAUACACAUGUUCAAUGGCACAGCUUAAUUUUGAGGUACGUUAGUCCUGACCUUAAGACUGCAUUUUUUGACUGCAAAUGGGAGGAUGUGACCCUCAGAUUGUCUGAGACCUGGUGUCCAUUUGCUGCUGCUCUUGGGCAAUACAAAGCUUUCUAGCAUAAGGGGAACAAAACCAAAUAUCAGGGGCCAUAUUCCCAGUUACUCAUUUCUGCGCGUGGGGCAGGAAGAGAGUGGAGGGGGGAGGAUGUGUGGAAAGUGACCUUUGCAUGUCCUAUAUUCUACGAUUGUUCAAGGCCCUGCCUGGUCCCCAGUGUAAAUUCUAGCAAUCUCCUCAGCCUCUGGUAGCUGGAAAGCAGAGAGUAGCAUAGUUCAGGUCACUCUGGUUGUGCCCCCUCUGCCCUGACACAGCCCCUACACCAGGGACUGGGACAGGCCUAUCAAAUAACCCUAAUGCCAGUUCUACAAUGACUGUUCCCAGGAUUUUUUGACAGGUUUCAGAGUAGCAGCUGUGUUAGUCUGUAUUCGCAAAAAGAAAAGGAGUACUUGU